UCAAGUCUUGGAAACGAAACAUCAUCAAAGGCGGAGCAUGAAGAUGCCUUAUAAUAAUCCUUUCAAGCACUCCGUGACACAUUAUUGGAUUUUGGUGUGACUUAACCAGACUUAAGAAAGAAAAACAAGCAGAGAAAGAUUUAAAUAACUCGGACCGUGAUGGAAAUAACAGUAAAAGAAAUCAACGGAAACACGACACGUCUGACUGUGGACCUCGGUGCCACAGUUGGUGACCUGAAGCAGAAGAUUUCGCAGCACUUUAAUGUGCAAACUUCUCAACAGAAGCUGUCUGCAAAUAAUGGUCAACGACACAACCUUGAUGAUGAUUCCAGAAGCCUCAGUAGUUAUGGUUUGAGCUCUGGAUCCACAAUAGCGCUCCUCAUCACGAACCCUGUACCCAUCAAGCAGGUGUUUGUCAAGAACGAUAGUGGCAAGAUAAGCACUUAUGAUGUGGACGCCGAUGAGACUGUAGAUCAGCUCCGGAAAAAGAUCUACAACAAAGAGAGAGUCCCUCUGGAUCAGUGGCGUCUGGUUUGCGAUGGUAAUGAACUGAAGUCUGGCAUGAAGUUAAAAGACUGCGACAUUAAAGUUGGAAGCACACUGCACAUGAUGUUCCGUCUCCGAGGAGGUUAAUGAAGAAAAAUAGCGACAGAAUUUAUAUGUGCAUCCGAGACUAAAGGUGUCGAAGUAUUUGUUAUAAAAACGGAUUUAUAUAAAACCUAAAAGGAUGCAUAAAACAUAAAUAGACCUAAAGCACUUUAUUCGUUCUGUUCUAAUUUUAAAUGCAGUUAUGUAUGUAUUUUUAAUUUAAUAUUUAUAUGACACUAUUUAUUUCUUUGUGCAUUUUUUCUUCUUCUGUACAUUUGUAAA